AUGGAUCAGGACGCUUUUCGUAAUUUACUUUCCGCCCCACGGCCAUCCGCCGGCGGUAGUUCCUCUCGAGGGGUCUUGGGAGCACCUGCCCCAAAGAGAGGAUGGGGACUGAAAGCCAAAGAGGGGUACGAGAAGAAGAAAGAAGAUAAACCAUCCAAACCUGAAUUUGCCCCUCGUAAAUACCACAAAAGAGAACCACCUCCGGAAUCGGCAUAUAAAGAUCGAGCGGCAUUACGUAGAGAAGGACGUAAUGACGAAGAGUAUGAAAACGUCUCGAAACUUUUGGAAGAUUUUGAAAAGCGUAAAGCUGAAGCUAGGAGACCAGAAGAGAUUGAAGAAUUAGAGAAACAAAGGGCGUAUUUAGGUGGUGAUGUAGAACAUUCUGUAUUGGUCAAGGGUCUAGAUUACGCCCUUUUGGCUGCUAGGAAAGCGGAACUGGCUAAACAGAAAGGAGAAGAGAUAGAUGAUGAGUUGGAUGUGUUGCAGCAGGGAUUGGGGAAGAGGGAAGAGAAGGAGGGAAAGAAGAAGGAAGAGAAAGUGGAGAGUCUUGGCAAAGGGUUCAAAUCGAUAGCUCAGAAAAAGGCAGAAGCGGAUGCAGCGGCCAAUGCAAAAGGGGAAAAGAAAAAGAAAAAGAAGAAGAAGAAAGUUAAAGCUGAGGUAGAAACUGAAGCUCAGUCAGAAAGUAUCGCAGGACCAUCGACGGAAAUCAAGUCUGAAGUACAGGCUAUAGAGAUCGAGCAGCCCAAAUCCUCGAAGAAAGCUGAACAAUCCGACAAACCAUCGGUGAUCAGCAAGGCAGAACAAACAGCACCACCAUCAGAUGAUGACGAAGACAUAUUUGGGGAUGUGGGCGAAUAUGAUCUUGGAGCAGCUGCACCCGACUCUGAUUCUGGUUCGGAGGAUGAGGCGAUGGACGUGGAUCCGCCGUCCAGAGGUAGAUCGAGGUCUAGAUCACCUGUUUAUCGGAAAGAUGGUCUUGGACCUAGGUCACCAGGGUAUAGACAUGAUCGUUCGAGAUCAAGGUCGAGGUCAUAUGGUAAGAGAAGAUCGCGUUCAAGAUCUAGGUCAUAUGACAGACGAAGGUCAAGGUCGAGAUCACAUUCGAGAUCAAGAAGAUAUAGAGAUAGGUCACCUGUAUACGAGAGUAGAAGAAGAAGAUCGUCCUCGUACGAUAGGGAAAGGCGGAGAUCGCCUAGUCCAUAUAGGAGAAGGUAUAGGGAUAGAUCGUAUUCUCGUGAUAGGUCUAGGUCCAGGUCCAGAUCACCAUACUAUUAUCGAAGACGAUCUCGAUCUCCUUCGCCAUAUUAUUCCAGAAGAAAAUCACCUUCACCUCGAAGAGGUACCUAUCGACCAAGGUCGAGAGCGAGACCCCCACCUCCCAGACGUAGAUACGAUUCCAAAUCAAUUUCAAGAUCACCUACACCUCCAAGACCCGUUCGCGAAAGAUCAUACACCCGUUCACCCACACCAUUACUACACGAGCCUAUUCGUUCACCAUCUAUAUCAGACGACGAGGAUGACGAACAAGGUCCAGGGAGAAUCACGAAACUUCAGCCAUUAUCAUCCUCUGCUAUACCCUCUUUGAAGAGUUUCUUACAAGCCGAAAACGAAGCUGCUCAAGCCGAGGAGAAGCGAUUGAAGAAAGCUAAAUGGCGGGCCCAACAGGGUUUGUCAGCUCAGGAAGGAGCAUCGGAACUUCUCGCCUCGGAGGGUAGUAAGAAGGAAGGUGGAGAGAAGCAAAAGGCGAAUAGGGAGUAUCAGUUGUUGAUGAAUCGGAUGAACAAGGGUGAAAGUAAAGAUAAAGAUGAUAACAAAGAUAAGGAGUAA